AAGGAGGCCCUUCCAGCGGCGGGGAAACCGUGCGCCGGGGCGGCGCGCAGGCAGGGGGUGGCCCGCGGUUGCGGAGAGGCGGCGGCAGGGGGAUGCUGCGCUGGCUGAUCGGGGGCGGCCGGGAGCCGCAGGGCCUGGCGGAGAAAUCAUCUGUACAGACCAUUGGUGAAGAACAAGUACAAAAUCCUUACACUGAGCUCCUUGUGUUGAAAGGUCAUCAAGAUAUAGUACGUUUUCUUGUACAAAUAGAUGAUUACAGGUUUGCAUCUGCAGGCGAUGAUGGAAUCAUUUUUCUGUGGAAUGCUCAGACUGGAGAGAAACUUUUUGAACUUCAUGGUCACACACACAAGAUUACAGCUAUAGCACCAUUUUUUUCAUCAGAUGCUUCUGAAGAAAACAGUCAUUUGAUUUUAACAGCAUCAGCUGAUAGAACAGUUAUUGUUUGGGACUGCACUACUGGCAAACAGGUGCAAAAAGUAUCAUGUUUCCAUUCUACUGUAAAGUGUUUGACAGUCCUUCAAAGACUGGAUGUAUGGUUGUCUGGAGGGAGUGAUCUAUGUGUUUGGAACCGAAAAUUAGAUCUCUUGUGUAAGACCAGUCAUCUUACUGAUGCAGGUAUUAGUGCUUUGGUUGAAUUGCCUAAAAAUUGUGUUGCGGCUGCUGUUGGCAAAGAGCUAAUCAUUUUUAGGUUAAUUGCUUCCAGUGAAAAGUCUGAAGGUUGGAAUAUCCUUGAAGUAAAACGCCUUGUCGAUCAUCAAGAUAACAUCUUGUCAUUGGUCAUUGUCAAUGAUUUGACUUUUGUGACAGGUUCUCAUGUGGGCGAGUUAAUAGUUUGGGAUGCACUUGACUGGACAAAGCAGGCAUCUGAGUGCAACUUCUGGGACUCUUCUGUCCAACCAGAUGCACGGACAGAAAUAAAACUAUCCCAAAGUCCAAAUGAAACUUCAGUUAAGCACUUAGCAUCUGAUGACGAGUAUGUGUAUGCUGCAGUUGGGAAAGGCAUAUACAUAUAUAAUCUCCAAAUGAAGCGUGUGAUUGCCUGCCAGAGGACUGCUCACGACUCUUCUGUACUGCACAUUGAGAUGCUUCCAAACAGGCAGCUGAUAUCCUGUUCAGAAGAUGGCAGUGUCCGCAUUUGGGAGCUCCGAGAAAAGCAGCAGCUGCCAAAUGAACCAGUUCCAACAGGGUUCUUCAACAUGUGGGGAUUCGGAAGGGCAAACAAGCAGGCAAACCAAGCUAAGAAGGUGCAGGAGAAUACACCUAUGCAUUUUUUGGAGCUCGUUGGUGAUCUGAUUGGUCAUUCAUCAGCUGUACAGAUGUUCCUGUACUUCAGUGAACUGGGACUGGUUACAUGCUCUGCUGACCAUCUCGUUAUUUUGUGGAAGGAUGGUGAAAGAGAAUCUAGACUCCGCAGUUUAACGUUGUUUCAGAAACUGGCACAAAAUGGUGAUUUGCAACCAAAAUUUUAAAUUGCUUGAAUACAGGCUAAAUAUGCAUAACUGGAUAUACAUUAAAUGUGAAUGUGAAGGAAAGUCUGCAGUUUUACUGUGGGUUAACCUACACUGGAGUUGAUAUAAUACCACUAUGACGUCUAGCAUGAAGUGUGAAUGAUUCAAGUUAGUCUUUACAUAGCAUACUCAUUGAAUUCAUUUGUUUGUCAAGAAGGUGCUGUCCUUACUGGGGAUUUUCAGGAUGUAAAAUAUUUUCAUAACCAGGAGUAAUUGAUCUGUUCUGCCAGCUGAGCACUGAGUUCUUGAAUAAAUUUUGACUGCAGAGAAACUUAACUAUGUAUGUAAGCCCAAAUAGUAUUUUAGAGUUUAAAAACGUAAAGCCUCCAAGUACACAAUGCCUUUUUCAAGUCUGAGAAAGCAGCAGUAAUCUGCAAAGCUGAACAGAUUUAAAAACAAACAUAAUUUAAAAAAAGAAAAGAAAAGCGCUGGGGGAAAAGAACAACCAACCAACCAAAAACUCUCCAAUUCUCCAAAACCCUCCACUAAGUUAAAUCCAGAGCAGUUAUUUAUAAUCAUCAUGAGAUGGGGAAUAGAGGAAGGAAUUAUCAAAAUCAUUAGAAAGGAAGUGGGAAGGAGGAUGGAUUACCAUUCUUUUACUGUUUCUUCUGGAACAGAGAGGACCUAAGGUCAAGAAGACUUGAGGAAUUUAAAAUAGGGCUCCACUGCCCUCAGUUCUGCUCCUCAGACCUAGCGCUCAAAAUAGCUCAGGAUAAGUCUUCUGGAACUUUGCAAUGCCAUCGCUUCCUUCUGAAUCAGUGAGUUAACUGUUUUCAGUACUGUAGACUCCAGUGGUUUAAUUCCAGAUUUGAAGUCCAGCAACUGCAGUAUAUGUAAUUAAAACAAAGUGCUAAGUGGAUCCUGACCAGAGCAAAAGCAAAAGGAGGCACUCCAACUUCCUAGGAGGAACUGAAGAAACUUAGAUUUGCUUCCCCCAGUUCCCAUGGAUAUAUGCAUUUCCCAUAACAUCCAAAAGACAAACAUUGCCUCUUGAGUCUGAACAUAAUUAUCCCUGGAAGGGAGGGGAAAGAACAGUAACAUUUUAGGUUGUAUUUUUCCCUGCUUUUGUGAGUCUGUUGAAUUUAGAACCCCAAAUGGCAUUAAAAAACAAAUAAACAAAAAAGAUAAUGGAGGAAUUGUUAAGUAAUGCUUCCCUUUAUAUUCAGGAAGGUGAAGCUUUAAAUCUUGGAACUGCAUGUUUUUUUUCUCAAGAUGGCUAUCCUAUGGUAGGGAAAGAGAUUGGAUUACAGAUGGUCAUAGGAUGCCUUUGGGUAUGUGUUACUACACAUGCGAGGAUGAAAGCAUGUUAACUUCAUCUGUUCAUUAGUCUCCAUCUAAUGCACUGUUUCAGAUAGUGUUCAUCAGCAUGUGUUGCACUCUGUACAACUGAGGUACAAAGGUACAAAGUGGGCGAGGAAGUUCCUCUUUGGUUCUUUUUCCCCACUGUGCCUGGGCAGCCCAGAGGGCCAACUGAGUGCAGCAGGCCCAGCACUGCCAGCGGGUGAGGCGAGGAGUUGUGCCACUCUACUUUGUGCUGUGUGGCCCCCCCUCCUGCACUGGGUACCAUUGUAAUGACACAAGAUAAGGACAUUAAAUGUUAGACAGUGUCCAAAGGAGGGCUGGUGAAAGGUCAGGAGGGCAAUGGGCUUUUCGUUGUUUCUACGAUUCCUUUUAAAUUUCUUUUACCAGAUCUCAGUAAAGCAGAAUUCUGCAUGUUUUUGUGAAAGUAAAUGUCUUUGUCAGAAAUAGCCUUAAUACCUGUACAGAGAAAAGAGGCAAUUUAAGCAUGUAUGUACUGAUAAUAGUAUGAAGCAACAGAAGUAGUCACUGGGACAGGCAGGAGUCUGACAAAAGUGGUACAUAAAGAUUAAUUCACGCUUAUUUCUUCUACUCUUAAAUAGGACAUUAGUCCACAUGAAUUACUUUUUACCCACAGUAAAAAAGUACACAGGAUCUGGCAACAAAUAUUUCACAUUAAUGCUUUAACUCAGGUACUGAGGCUGAACUUUAUUUCUUACGUCCCUUCUACCAUUGACAUUCCUCUUUGUCUGACAGAGCUGUGACAAUACUGAAUUGAAAUGUUUUACAUGACUAUGAUCUUACAGUUACGCAGUAUGAUCUUACAAUAUUUAAUAAAUUAAGAGGACAAAGUUUGAAAGUUUAAAUUCUUUUCUCUAAUGCAUGCUGCAGUGAGCAUUCAGUCAUUGGAACAGUUAAGAUACAACCACUGAGAGCACUAGUUCUAGAUAACGGAAUGGUAAAAGCAGUUUACUGUAUAAAAAACAGAGGUUCAACUCAUCUGAAUAAAAAUCCCUUGAAAAAA